AUGGGCCGAACGAAAAGUCGAGCUGAGCAGCGCGAUAGCUGGCGCAACACUCGCGAUCAAGAUGCUACCGACAUGCCCAGAAAGAAGUUCUAUCGGCAAAGAGCACACGCGAACCCCUUCUCCGACCACCGUUUGGCUUACCCUCCAAAGCCAGACUGCAUGGACUGGUCAUCCUUCUACCCAGGCUUUGUUGCGAACAGAGACGAUCAGACUACGCUAUCAACCCCUGCGAGCGAAGCACUUCCCACAGUAAAACCUCUGACCCAGAGUGUCGAGGUUGUAGACAUUGGGUGCGGGUUCGGCGGCUUACUUGUAGCACUUGCACCUUUGUUGCCCAAUAAACUUAUCCUUGGUUUGGAAAUACGAGCCCAAGUAUCCGAAUUUGUACAGGAGCGCAUACGAGCCCUGCGAGCCCAGAACGUCGACACAGCUUUAUACCAAAAUAUCGCCUGUCUCAGGGCCAACACCAUGAAAUUUCUUCCCAACUUCUUCGCCAAAGGCCAAUUAUCUAAAAUCUUCAUCUGCUUCCCCGAUCCGCAUUUCAAGACCCGGAAACAUAAGGCCAGAAUCGUAUCGCCAACGUUGAACUCGGAAUACGCGUAUGCACUUCGUCCAGGCGGUAUAGUUUACACGAUCACGGAUGUUGAAGCUUUACACCGAUGGAUGGUCGAGCAUUUGGAAGCUCACCCGUCAUUUAUUAGAUUGACAGCCGAGGCUGAAGCUUCGGAUGAGUGCGUCAAGGUCAUGAAGUCCGAGACGGAGGAAGGCAAGAAGGUUGAGCGGAACAGCGGCCACAAAUUUGUGGCUAUAUUCCGUUACGCCUAUUUCAGCGGCAUUGCUUCGACCUUGUUCGCCAUCCUUUUGGUCAUUCUCCUUACUUCCAGGGGCUCACGAAUCGCUCUUAAUCACCGGUCUCCCCGCCCGAAUGGCGCCAUCUUCCAUGGACCGACGGCAUGGGCAACCGAUUGCGCCAGCCUACAAGUUCGACAAUCGUAUUCAAAGACGUCACUAUACGCCAGCCUGCCGAACGUCUCCAGCGCCCUUGACGACCUCCUUGGACUUAUUAUGCGCGACUUCGUUUCUUCUUGGUACUCCCACAUAAGCAAGAACCCCACCUUCCCAAACGAAGUUGAUAAGGCCGUCCGUAUCGCUCUCGGCAAUCUUCGAAACCGGCUGUUGGAGCUCGACCUCGCCGAAAUAGUCACCAGCAGGCUUGUUCCCGUAUUGACAAUACACUUCAAAGAUUUCUGCGAUGCGGAACACUCGGUUCGAGGGAAGAAACUCAACCGCUCUGUUACGGAGUCUGAAGAGCUGGAUCUUGCCAUAGCGUCCAAGUAUAGAGAGGGCAAGCUACAUCCCGCAGCCUCUCUGUCUUUUCCCGAUACGAAGCUUGUGCAGCAAGACUACUUGCGGAAGACUGUUGCCCGCAUUCUUCCCAGUUUGUUGCCACCGAAUCUACUCGCCAGCCGCGCCGUGUCCAUCAUAAUCCGCGAAAUUGUGGCCUGUGCCAUCCUCUUCCCAGUGCUACAAUUACUUGCGGAACCUGAUACGUGGAAUCAAAUCAUGGAGAACUACGGGAGGUCGAUGCUCCAGGACCGCUCAACUGUGCGAAAAUUGAGGGCAGCUCUGGACCAACAUGCCUCCCCAGCACCUAAGCCGGGCAAAGCUGCGAUCAUACCCCGCCUUGUCCCUGGUGAUAGCGAACGCAAGUUCGAAAAGUUUAUCCGCGCAAUCCGGAAAGUCAAUAACCUCUCCGACGCUCGGCGCCUUCGAAGUGAAAUUGCCAGCCUUUACAAGCGGGACUCGUCACAGGAGAACCAAGACCAGGUCUAUCUUCGCCGUCUGGACAUGGGAAAACGCCUGCUUGAUCAAAAGGUACAGCUCCUUGCCGUCGGCGGAGACCACAAAGCUGCAGCGCCUGCUGCAUCGAUGAAUAUCCCGGCACCGAGAACAUCCAAGUUGGAGAAUGCAACGCUCGUUGAUCUCUUGCGCGACUCGUCCGGGUUAUCGUACUUCAUGGAAUUCAUGGACAGGCACCAUGUAUUGCCCCUGGUGCAGUUCUGGCUCGUUGUCGACGGCUUCCGGAACCCGUUAGAGGAAGAGGAAGCCAACGAUGAGCAGAUGCCGUCGCAGCUUCCCAUGUGGAGCGACUCUGAUCGACUUGACCUCGCUCAGAUUGAGCAGGCAUACAUGACCAAUCCUCAACUGAACAUAUCGCAAGCUGCCAGGAGUGAGGUGCGAGCUUUCUUGAGUGCCGGCAAAGCUGCUACGCCGGAACAGUAUUACAAGGCUAGACGAGCCAUACUCGGGGCGCAGUCCGCUGUAUUGGAAAAUAUGCAGGGACGGUAUUUCCAAAGUUUCAAGAAAUCAGAUCUGUUCUACAAAUGUCUAGCCUCGCAGGAGGCUUCAGCACUGCAACUCCCUAUUUCACAUCCUUCCCACACGCCAUCAUCUCACGAACCCUCAGUAGCCGGGCCAGCACACCCGCCGACACAUAGAGCUUCGCAAUCGUAUCAAAACAAGCCCAAGUCUGCCACACGACCAACUCCUCGACUCGCGCAUCUGCAGCCCAAGCGUGGCGGCUCUGUGACAGACUUGAGGUCCAUAGAGAGCAGUGGCACUGGCAUUGAUCAUCUUGCAAAUUCACGGCAAUCCCUAGACGAGGAGCCCUCCAAUCGGCUAUUCGACGACGAGGAACUCGAUGUCGACGGCAUGAUAGACUCUGUGCAGAGCUUAGAUCAAGACAUCGACCAACUUGUGCCAGACACAACUGUGGUGCAAGCUAUGGAAGAAGCACUAAAUAAUAUCAUGGAGGACGGUGAUCGACCCAAAACGGCCGAGGAAUUCAGAGCUUCUCUAUUCGGACCGGAGGAGAUGCGGCCAGCUAGUCUCUUUUCAGGCGAUAACGAUUCGACACGGGGCUCGGUGGAUGCUGUGAAAACUAUGGCAGCCGCAAAAGAUGGCGAAAGACCAAGUCUGUCGUCACUGGGCCUCGUCAGCGCUGCGUCGCGCAUUGGCGUCUUCGUGGACGAUGAUCUAUUUGGUGACGAGGACAGGUACAUUCCUGAGGAGCAAGAUGAUCUGGCCGACGAAUCACGAGCGGAUGAAGAUGAUGAAGUACACGAGGCUGCUCCUGGCGACCUGGGCUUAGCAGAAGCCAUCGCAGCAUUAUCUAAUGACAUUGAGCGUCUAGCCGCCCAGGAUGCCAUCGUUGAUUCUCUUACUCGAAAAGCAGAACUGACAAACAACACAGCCGAGCUUCGCAUUUUAAGAAAGUCUAAAGCGAGCUUGCAACGAGAAAUGCGGCGCAAGGAACUCCAGAGGCAGCAGUACGUGGUGCAAGAAAGCGACAACAGCUUAUACGGGCGGUCUACAGUCAGGAUAAAGUCUAUCCAAGUGGGACGAGAAGAUGACGGCAGGGAAUUCGCCUUGUACGUGAUCGAAGUGCAGAGAAACGCUGGCGAGAAGAUGCCGGCAGCUACGUGGAUGGUGACAAGACGGUACAGCGAGUUCCACGAGCUUCACCAGAAGCUUCGUUCAAGCGUACCAUCUGUCAGAAACCUCGAUUUCCCUCGGCGACGGGUCAUGAUGAAGUUCCAAAGCGAGUUCCUUCGUAAGCGGCGAGCUGCUCUGGAAGUCUAUCUACGUGAACUUCUUCAGUUGCCAGAGGUAUGCCGUAGCCGGGAUUUGCGCGCAUUCUUAUCGCAAAGCACAAUUGCCGAGGGUCAGGACCUCGUCGACCGAGAGUAUCAGAGGGAUAUGAUCACCCGUCUAUAUGACUCGGUAACGGACGGCAUGGAAGAUAUUUUGGGUAACAUCCCGGUCCUUGACCAGCUAUCGGUGGCUGGGCAGAACCUCAUCGCGGCGGCCACCAGCCAGCUCAACACCAUGCCCUUGGGUGUAGCCGAGAACGGCAUCAGCGCGGCCGAGGCUGAGGCUGAGCUGAACGCUUUUGAAAACAAGGAAUUAGAGCCCUUCAUCAAACCAAUCUGCGACAUCUUUCUGGAGGUAUUCGAGCUAAACAGGGGCAACAACUGGCUUCGCGGCCGGGCUGUUGUUGUGGUGUUGCAGCAGCUCCUGGGAGGCACGAUUGAAAGGAAGGUAAGAGACAACGUCAAGUCACUCGUUCAAGAGGAAGCCAUACUCCGUUAUAUCGGACUGGUGCGCGACAGCAUGUGGCCCGACGGACAGGCACGAAAAGAGCGAAAGGCCAGAACUGCAUCUGAGAAGAAGAAAAGUCGCACAGAGGCUAGCUUGAUGCUGGCAACACUCGUUCCUGAUGUUGCCGGCAGUGUCGUAGGGAGGGCGAACGCCCAGGCUGCAAGCAGACGGAUAUUCGCGACUCUCAAUAAUUCCAGGCUCAACGCUCAUCUUGCCUUCACUCUGAUGGACGAGUUUAUAGAUAUAUUGUUUGAGUGA